CACUACCCGAGGACGAAAAUGUUGCUUCCGCUGCCUGGAUUUUUCGUGUUUGCUUUUGGAGAGCUUGAAUAUUUGGAAUUCUUUCAAAUCAUUCAUAAUAUCUUUCUUUUUAAAUCCGCUUCUGUUUGCUAUAAUAUAAAUGCUACCAAGCGUACCAUGAAGUGAGAAGUGCACCUCUUAGGUGUGUGUGAUCUUUCUUAAAAAUACGCAGUGUCAACGGAGUCGCCGUUUGUUCCAACCAGUGAGGCUGUUGAAGAACGGUUGUGACUUUUCACUUGCCAGUUCCAAAUCUUUAUAGAACAUUUUGCUUUGUGGGGACGCUCUGGGCUAAUAAUUGAGCGCUUAAUUCGGAGCUCUGUAAUAUCUGAAUUCUCCCGUUUCUUAUGGUCAGUUAUGAUGGCUUCGAGACGUGGGAUCAUUGGUUCCGCUUAAGCACCUGCCAAGACCUCCACGGUGGGUGCCUAACACCUGACGGUUGCGUCAUUCUCAUUCUCUGUGGAACGGAUAUCCCGGAAGAUACUCUUGGAUAGCACUGUGUUCUCAGGAUGGUUGCGGCUGCAUUUCCCUUGGCCAAGCUGGCCUACUUGGCAGUUCGUCAGAUCAGUAAACCGAUAGCACAAGGCAUUCAGACGCGCGCGAAAGCCAGUCCUUUCUUCAGAACCUAUAUUUGCAUGCCACCUGCUCAGUUUUAUCAUUGGGCGGACGUGAAAAUCAAGAUGUGGAUGCUCAAUCUUGGCCAGCCCGUAAAAGUUGCAAAGCUCAACGAGGAACAGGCUAUCGAGCAGGGCGCACAGAUCUUGGGUGAAAUGAUAAUUUUCAGCAUUGCGGCGCUGUGCUUGAUUGCGGAUUACAUUCGAUCCUCCAGGAAAGAGCAAGCCAGGGAGGCCGCACACGAAGCACGGCUCUUUGCAAUGGAGAACAGUAUUGUGGAUUUGGGAAUGGCCAUUGAAAAACAAGAUGCUCAGAUUCGUGAAUUGACACGUGUUUGUGUGGCGCUGAAGCCCAAGAAUGUCAAAGUUCCGGAGUACAAACCGUUGGCGCCCAUUCGGCUGGACUUUCGAAGAGAGAUGGAGUCGGUUGGUGUUCAAGUGGAUCCGCCCAGUGAUGCCAGACCUAAACCGACGACAGCUCCGCUGCCAGCACCCUCUUCGUCGUCCACCGUUGUGGAUGUUGAUAAAAAGAGGCCUUCUUCGUGAUGGACGCGGGCAGCCGCAGGUUGAAGGGAGGUUUUUAUUUUGUUAAUUUUACCGGUGCCUGUGUGUGCUCUUUGCUUUGUUCUGCUGUAUUGAACAUGAGUAAGUUCGAUUGUGAUAUUCCACGGACGUUAAGAGUUUGAUGUAUGUAAAUUUGUGUGAAAAUCCUGGGAUAAUUCAAGCUGCAUUUAACUUACGGUUUUCUGUGGCUGUACCGUGGUGCAUAUAAAAGACUUCCUGCAUG